GGCGGCGGCAGGAGAGGGAAAGGUGGGCUAAAGGGACGCCGUGCACCCCGAGGCCUGCACUGGCGGUGAGAAGGACCCGGGGGAGACUCCGGGACACCCCUAGCGGCGGCCCCCUACCCAGCCCGACAGGUGAGCGCGGACCGGCCACGGGGCGGAGCUCGCCGUACCCACCAGCCACCCUCCGGGAGCCACCACCGCAGAGCAGACUCUAUCUGGGUGCUGGCACCCAACCAUUCCUCUGCCAAUGAAGUACAUCCUGGUCACUGGCGGGGUCAUCUCGAGCAUUGGGAAAGGGAUCAUCGCAAGCAGCAUUGGGACGAUUCUAAAAUCAUGGGGACUCCGAGUUACUGCUAUCAAAAUCGACCCCUAUAUCAACAUUGAUGCGGGCACUUUUUCACCUUAUGAGCAUGGUGAAGUGUUUGUCUUAAAUGAUGGUGGAGAAGUUGAUUUAGACCUUGGGAACUAUGAAAGGUUCUUGGAUAUUAAUCUUUAUAAGGACAACAACAUCACCACUGGGAAGAUAUAUCAGCAUGUGAUUAAUAAAGAGAGGCGUGGUGACUACCUGGGGAAAACAGUACAAGUUGUCCCUCACAUUACUGAUGCUGUCCAGGAGUGGGUUAUGAAUCAAGCCAUGGUGCCUGUGGAUGGUCAUAAGGAGGAGCCCCAGAUAUGCGUUAUUGAGCUGGGUGGCACCAUCGGAGACAUUGAAGGAAUGCCAUUUGUGGAAGCAUUCAGACAAUUUCAGUUUAAAGCAAAGAGAGAGAAUUUCUGUAACAUCCAUGUUAGCCUUGUCCCACAGCCCAGUGCUACCGGAGAACAAAAAACCAAGCCCACGCAAAACAGUGUUCGUGCGCUGAGGGGGUUGGGUCUCUCUCCCGAUCUGAUUGUCUGCCGGAGUUCAACACCCAUCGAAAUGGCUGUGAAGGAAAAGAUUUCUAUGUUUUGUCAUGUGAACCCUGAACAGGUUAUCUGUAUCCAUGAUGUUUCAUCCACAUACCGAGUGCCUGUGCUUUUGGAGGAACAAGGCAUUGUUAAAUAUUUUAAAGAGAGAUUGCAUUUGCCUAUUGGUGAUUCUGCAAAUAAUUUGCUUUUCAAGUGGAGAAAUAUGGCUGACAGGUAUGAAAGGUUACAGAAAACGUGUUCCAUAGCCCUGGUUGGCAAAUACACCAAGCUGAGGGACUGCUAUGCCUCUGUUUUCAAAGCCCUGGAACACUCAGCUUUGGCCAUCAAUCACAAGUUGAAUCUGAUGUACAUAGACUCCAUUGAUCUGGAGCACACCACCGAAACUGAGGACCCUGUGAAAUUCCAUGAAGCGUGGCAGAAGCUAUGCAAAGCUGAUGGUGUUCUGGUACCAGGAGGCUUCGGAAUCAGAGGAACAUUGGGCAAACUCCAGGCGAUUUCUUGGGCGAGGGCAAAGAAGAUUCCUUUUCUGGGAGUUUGCCUUGGGAUGCAACUAGCAGUGAUAGAGUUUGCAAGGAACUGCCUUAACUUGAAAGAUGCAGAUUCCACAGAAUUUGAGCCAAAUGCCCGUGUUCCUGUGGUGAUUGAUAUGCCGGAGCACAACCCUGGCAAUUUGGGAGGAACAAUGAGGCUGGGAAUAAGAAGAACGGUUUUCAAAACUGAAAAUUCAAUAUUAAGGAAACUGUAUGGCGACGUUCCUUUUGUAGAAGAAAGACACAGACAUCGAUAUGAGGUGAACCCCAGCCUGAUCAAUCAAUUUGAGCAGAGCGACUUAAGUUUUGUAGGUCAGGAUGUGGAUGGGGAGAGGAUGGAAAUCAUUGAACUGGCAAAUCACCCCUAUUUUGUUGGUGUCCAAUUCCAUCCUGAGUUUUCUUCUAGGCCGAUGAAGCCUUCCCCUCCAUACCUGGGACUAUUACUUGCAGCAACUGGGAACCUGAAUGCCUUCCUGCAACAAGGAUGCAGACUGUCCUCCAGUGAUAGAUACAGCGAUGCCAGUGAUGACAGCUUCUCAGAGCCAAGGAUAGCCGAGCUGGAAAUAAGCUGAAAGUAAUACGUGACUCAGAAUGACAGGCACUGCCUGAGAAGGCUCUGAAGUAAGUGAAGACAAGAUAAAGCAAUUCUCUGAAGAAAUCACCAAACUGUUCUCCACCAAACAUAGGAUGAAAUCCUCGAAGGGAAUCUAGUAAUCUGUAUUUUCAUGAACCGGAACCAAAGGGGUACUUUCCUUUUUUCCUCCAGAGUCAGCCUUUGGGUCUCACAGAUUUCUGUAGCCUAUUAAACUUUUUCCAACAACCUCACUGGGGAGAAAGUGUAUUCUUGUUUUGUCUGGUGUAUCAUGAUGUCAGGUGGUGAGCAAGGAUCCAGGAACAUGCAAUAACUAAUUUUGAGUCAAAAAUGAGUCAUCCUGUUACCUGGAACUCAACCACAGACUUGGGUGCAGUCCAAGCUUUUUAGAAUUUCUCACCCUGUUUAUUUCUCGUUAAAAGGAAAUUUAAACAGGCCGGAGACUGGGGGUGGCAAGUAAAGCCUGUGCUCAGGCACAGAAUUUAAGGAGGCAUAAAAAACUCAGGAAUCAAGAUCAGUGCAUAUAUAUUUUUUAAUUGAGGUGAAAUACACAUAACAUAGAAUUAACCAUUUUAAAGCAAACAAUUCAGUGGCAUUAGGUAUGUUCACAAUGUUGUGCGACCACCACCUUUAUCUACUUCUGAAACAUUUCCAACACUCCAAAAUAAAAUCUCCACACCCACUAGCGGUCACCCCCCAUUCCUAUCUCCUCCCAGCCCAUAUUAACUUGCUAAUCCCCUCUCUAUUUCUAUGAUUUGUCUAUUCUGGAUAUUUCAUAUAAGUGGAAUCAUACAAUUUGUGGCUUUUUGUAUCUGGCUUCUUUCAUUUAGCAUCAUAUUUUCAAUGUUCAUCCCUGUUGUAGUGUGUGUUAGCGCUUCAUUCCUUUU